AUGUGUCACAUUUAUCAAAGGGAUUUGGAAGACUCAUGGUUUGGUCCAAUUGUACAAUUCUUGCUUUUGGGAGAGUGGUCUGGUUGUGAGCACCAGGAGUCACAAAAGAAACUCAUGCAUAAUUUGAAAGUUAAACGUAAAGUGGACGCACAUGAGAGCCUGAUCAAAGUUAUUAUAGGAGGUGCUAAGCAUAUAUGUGAAAGAGAAGAAAGCAUUUUGCAGCUAAUUCUGAACAAAGGUUGUUUCAUAGAUGAAGUGGGAUAUUGUAAUCAACAGAGGUGGGGAACAUACGCUGAUACAAGUGAUGGAGUUGAAAGUCUGUCCAAGAAGGCCUUAAAACUAAUACUUGAAGCAGCCCGUGAAGUUGAAGAGGAAGAGUGUCUAAACAGAGAACCAGUAAUACUGGUGUUAGAUUUUGAUGUGCAGGAUCUUCUGCAUUUAGACAGAAGCUUGUUUUUGGAGGAUUUGCAUCGAAUCCUAAUCAAUCUAACUCAUUUUGGAAUUCGUUGCCACAAAACCAAACUACUUUUCAAAGCAGUCCAUUUGGUUCAUCUACUUCCUUUGCUUUUGGAUUUGGGACGGGUGGCGGUGCAUUUGGUGCUGGCGCUCCAAACACAUUGGAACCAUCAAAGGCCUCUGUUUUUUGGUGUAUCAAAAGAUUCUUCAUUUGGAGCUUCAAGGAGCCCCACCUUUGGUACAUCAAGCACCACAGGAUUUGGUUUUGGUACCACUCCAACAUUUGGGCAAUCAACUUCAGCUUCUGGUAGCAGCAACUUUUUUGGAACUACUCUGUCUUCUUUUGGGGAUCAGAAUUCCUUCUUAGGAGCCCAGUCCACGACACCAACAUUUGGAACUACAGGCUUUGGACAGUCAGCUUUUUGUAGUCAACAUGGAGGAAGUAGAGCAGCAGCUUACACUGCUACUGCUGAAGUACAUGAUGGAAAUAGUGCUGCUAAACUGGAGUCCAUUUCUGCCAUGACCAUUAACAAAGACAAAAGCCAUGAAGAAUUGAGGUGGGAGGACUAUCUGUUUGGAGAUAAAGGCGGUCCCCAUUGCAUGGGUCAAUCUGCAGGUGGGAUUGGUGGUUCCACUGUACAGUCAAGCCUUCUUUCUCAUCCCCUUUGCAGCCAACUCAAUCAACACAGACAACAAAUGCUUUUGCUAAUAAAAAGUUUCCUCAGCCAUCAGCAGGUCUGCCACUCAGAGCAGUGUGGCAUUGCAGCCAGCACCUAAUGUGAGUCCUUUUGGAGCUUUACCUGCAAUGCCUCCGCUGUCAAUUGGUCACCCUGGAUCGAUACCCUCGAUUCAGUAUGGAAUUUCUAGCAUGCCUGUAAGUCUUACACUUCUGAAUCUUUAUUACUGGAUACAACAGAAUGCUUUUUGUGAGGAUGUAAUGUAAUUUUACUUUCUUAAUUAUCAAUUGUGGACAACAGAAGUUUUGCACCUUUUGGCGAUUUUAAUGAAUAUUUUCUCUAUCAAUUUUUUUCUUCUUAAUUUUGAAUUAUGGACAACAGAUGUUAAAUAUCCAAAAAAACAAUGUGGACAUAUGAAUGAGUGUUAAAUUUUGACGAGGUUAUACAGCAUUAUUCAAUUAUGAAUCAUCCUGCAAUCAAAGCAUGGCAUUUGUCCAUGCUUUUUGCAAAUUUAUGUAUACACAAAGGUGGUUAUACUUGUAUGCAUCCAAACAUACCACCUUCUAUGAAC